CACAGUUCAAAACAAUACUUGGAGUUCCGCCUGUCUGGCGCCGUGUGAUUCCUCAUGAAGAUGUCUCAAAGUAAUCCCGACAAAGAUGACCAAGCUAACAAAAAAAACAUCUCACUCCCGAUUUCCAGAGUGAGGCUGAUCAUGAAGAGCUCCCCUGACGUCUCCAGCAUCAACCAGGACGCUAUUUUCCUCACCACCAAGGCCACAGAGCUGUUUGUGCAGCAUCUGGCUCUGUCCUCAUUCAACAACGGCUCCGGGAAGGAAACCAACAGUCUGUCAUACAGUGAUCUGGCAAACACCGCAGAGGAAAACGAGACUUUCCACUUCCUCACAGAUAUCCUACCCAAGAAGAUCUUGGCCCGAGAUUACCUCAAGUCUUUGGAGCAAAUGCAAGAAGAGGAGGCUGACUUUUAAAAAAAAAAGGGGGGGGGGGGGACACUGGAUGCGUUUCAUGUCUCUGCAGCUCUGCUUUGGACAGAUGUUAUGAAAUGUGCCGCGUCCUGCUGUUCAUUGAGAGCAAAGUGAUUCAUGAUUGAGUUGUAAGUAGAUCGUCAUAAAUACUUGAAUACUUGUCGGUUGAACGGAUCAAUUCACACUCAGCGUAAUACAUGUGAAUAUUUAAAGUGCGUAUAAUAGCUGACGACCACGCAAAGCAUCUUCCUCAUGUAUUUACAAAUUUGUUGUUUAGAUUUGAUAUUAAAAUAAAGAUUCAUGUUGUCUGAUAA